AUGAAAUAUACUUUUUUAAUUGAAUUUUUCCUUGGGAGUUCCGUAUUUGGUAUAAUCUUAUACCAAUUAAAAAAAUACAAAUCAGGUUCUGAUUAUAAAUGUUGUUCAUCCAAAAUAAAUGGAUUAAAUAUUAUUGUAACAGGUGCAACUACUUUGAUUGGAAAAGCGACAGCUUUGGAAUUAGCUCAAAGAGGUGCUUAUUUUUUAACUUACUUGUUAUUAGACUUAUUGAAGAACUCAAAAUCGGCGAAAAUUAUUAACAUUCCGUCACAGUGUCACUAUGUUCCGAAAUUUCGGGAUGUAGAAGAAAUUAUUGGAAAUCAUAUAUUGAAACGAUGUCAUAUUAAAGCAACUAGUGUUUCAAAAUUAGCUUUAUUAGCUUUUACAUUUCAUUUAUCUGAAGAACUGAAAGAGACCAACGUUUCUGUGUACGCAGUGGAUCCUGGAAAUUGUGAAAAACAAGUAUUUCCAAAAUUUCCAAAACUAACCAAUCCAGUUUUAUUCAUAUUAAACACUCCAAUACAUUCUUUCAUCGUAAAAUCAUCCGUGGACGCUGCUCAAUCGAUAAUUCAUACUUUAUUAUCAAAUUUUCCCACUGGUAGUUUUAUUUUAGACUAUCAACAAAUACCAUUUUCAUCAUUAGCUAAAGAUAUUCGUUUAUUUGAUCUGCUACAAGAGACAAUUAUAAAUUCUUGUAAAAUUCCAUCACAAUCUUUAGUCUAG